GCGUAACGGCACACCGUUACACAAACGAUACUCGACGUCUUACCAAAUUCACGUCCAGUUCCGUGACGUUACCUUACCACUCCUCCGCCAAAUAUGUCUAUCUAGUCGGCCUCUCACUCCGACAUCACAAACGCCCUUGCUUGGCCAGCGUCUUCUCAAGUUCCACCCGCAGCACUACAAACAUACCACGGCAAGACUCCGUCAACACCUCCGAAUUAACCCACGAUGUCGGAGGCUCGAAACACGGGGGAGAGCCUUCGGGAAAAGGAAGCCCGCUUACAGCAAGAGCUAGAAGAGUUAGAGACAGCAGUCAGGAUCAGAGACCUCGAACGUCGGAUUGAAGAAGGUCGAGUUCGGCUCGCCGCAGAGCCGGCCCCGGGAGACUCUCCAACUCGCAGUCAUAAAGCAAAACCUUCUACGCAUACGCCCCUUGCCGGCGCAAGCCCGGCCGACCGUGUCAGGAACCAGGAACCCGACGUGGAAUCACAUCCCCGGACGGCUCAACAAGCACAACGCAACCAGGAGGCUCUCCCGGCUCCAGUCCAUUCGGAUGCCGGCCUGGGUGUCUCGCCAGCUCGCGAUUGCGAUGUCCAAGCUUCCGCCAGCAUGGACUCUUCUCCUAACCUGGCCAUAAAGGUGGCCCCUUCUCCCGGACCCCAUAACGUGAUUCAACCGAGUUCCACUCCUUCGGCAGAUCCGCCCGCCGAUGACAGCGCUGAGCUGUUGUUCUAUGACAUGGACCUAGAACAACUGUACGAAUUCGCAAGCACUUUGGAAGAAAAUUCAGAGAACGAUACUGCGCAAGCCAAGCUGCUCAGCAGCGUCUACUACAUCAUAUUCUCUCGGACUGGCGCAGUGGACGACAUUCAGAAAGCAGUCGAUAGAGCCGAGGAAGCGAUGGAGGCUACGCGCAUCGAUGAUCCCGGCUACGUGUCCUGCCUGAGGAAUCUUGUUGUGAUGUUGAUGAAGAAACACGCGCAUACAAGCUCGCUGGAGCAUCUUGACCGAGCUAUCCUCCUCGGCGACGUUAUGAUGACUAUCACACCUUCCAUGCACCCCGAAUGGACACACAGGUUGAAGGGUCUAGUCGAGAUGAGAUAUAAAAAGGCCCUGCAGACACGUUUAAGUGAGGACGUCAACGAAGCGAUAGCCUUUGCCACGGAGGCAGCGGGUAUGGUGCAAGAGGCUAGCGUUGACCGGGCCGAUCAUUAUCUGGAGAGGUUCAGACGGGAAAGGCGACGAGGCCGUGGCAGCGACACCUCACGAUCACCCAGCUAG